CCCUUAUAUAACCAAAUCCAAUUUAAGCUUAUUUACUAAUUCCGAUCCAAAAUCUCUGUGCUAUUGCUCUCUUCUGCAUUCAAUUUCUUAUAGUUGGUUCUUUCAACUUAAACUAGGAGUCCUGGGCUGCCAAAAAGGGUAGUUUCCUUUUUCUACCCAAGAAGAACAGAAGAGGAGUUCAACAACACUCAACACCUAUGGGUCGUGGAAAGAUAGAGAUCAAGAGGAUCGAGAACCCAACGAACCGGCAAGUCACCUUCUCCAAGAGGCGCGGAGGGCUCCUCAAGAAGGCAAACGAGCUCGCAAUACUGUGUGAUGCGCAGGUUGGGGUUGUGAUCUUCUCAAGCACUGGCAAGAUGUUUGAGUAUAGCAGUCCACCUUUAAGCAUGCAUCAAAUAAUAGAUAGAUACCAGAGAGUUACUAAUACUCGGAUUGAGGAUAUUGAUAACCAGCAGCAAAUGUUUUAUGAGAUAUCAUGGAUGAGGAAUGAAAGUGAUAAGCUUCAGGCGAGCAUGAGGCAGUACACAGGCGAGAACUUGAGCUCUAUGACCAUGAAUGACCUAAAUCAACUCGAACAGCAACUGGAGUACUCGGUUAACAAGGUUCGAACGACGAAGCACCAGUUACUGAACCAGCAGCUAGACAACUUGCGUCGCAAGGAGCACAUCGUAGAAGUUCAGAACAACCAUUUGUGCCGCAUUCUAUCGGAGCACCAGUUGACGAUGGAGCAUCAGCAGGUUGCCAUGGAGCACAAGGAGCUGGAAACGCCAAUGCUGGACCAUUUUGGGCAGUUCUACCAUGAUGAGCCAUCAAGGAGCUUACUGCAACUUGCACCCCAACUGCAUGCAUUCCAUCUCCAGCCAGCACAACCCAACCUACAAGAGGCUAGCCUCCCAGGCCAUGGCCUGCAACUAUGGUAA